GGAUGAUCCCAAAAAGCAGCAGCAGAGACCCUGAAGCAGCCCAGACAUCAGCGCGGAUCUAGAAACACUGGAGAGAAGAGAUGGGCGACACAACGGGGACCAGAGUCUUUAAGAAAUCCAGUCCUAACAGCAAGCUCACAGUUUAUCUAGGGAAGAGAGAUUUUGUUGAUCACCUAGACCAUGUAGAUCCAGUGGAUGGAGUGCUCAUUGUAGAUCCAGAGUAUCUGAAAGAUCGAAAAGUAUUUGUGUCUCUGACUUGUGCAUUUCGCUAUGGUCGGGAGGACCUUGAUGUCCUGGGCCUUUCCUUCCGGAAGGAUCUGUAUGUCAGUACAAUCCAGGCCUUCCCUCCCCUGCAGGAGGAAAAGAAACCUCUGAGUCGCCUGCAGGAGAGGCUGCUGAAGAAGCUUGGUCAGCAUGCCUACCCCUUCAACUUCACUAUUCCCCAGAACUUGCCCUGCUCAGUGACCCUGCAGCCGGGAGCAGAGGACACCGGGAAGGCGUGUGGCGUGGACUAUGAGCUUCAAGCGUUCUGCGCAAAGAAUGUAGAGGAGAAGAUACACCAAAGGAAUUCAGUGCAUCUGGCGAUUAGGAAGGUUCAGUAUGCCCCAGAGAAGCCAGGUCCACAGCCGAUGGUGGAGAUCAGUCGCAGCUUCCUGAUGUCUGAUAGAGCUCUACACUUGGAGGCAUCAUUGGAUAAGGAGCUGUAUUACCACGGUGAGCCCAUCAGUGUCAAUGUCCACGUCACCAACAACUCCACCAAGACUGUCAAGAGAGUAAAGAUAUCUGGUAACUCUUCUGACCUGAUACACUUACUUCAUUGUUAUUUAUGUUAUGCUGAGUAUAUGUGCCCUGUUCCCCCACUGCUUCUGUUUGAUCAGGUUUCCCCCAGCUCCACAUCCUGUCAGGUCUACGUGCUGACCCCAAUGCUGGGUACCAACAGGGAAAAGAGAGGCCUGGCCCUGGAUGGAAAGCUAAAGCAUGAAGACACCAACUUGGCAUCCAGCACCAUAGUAAAAGAAGGAUGCAACAAGGAGAUGAUGGGAAUCAUGGUUUCCUACAAAGUUAAAGUCAAACUAGUGGUGUCUCUUGGAGGGGAUGUGGCAGUGGAGCUUCCAUUUGUAUUGAUGCAUCCCAAACCUGCAGAGUGCUCCAGCUCCAAACCACAGCCAGUUGCUCCAGAGAGUCAGGCUCACGUGGAUACAAACCUCAUAGAGUUUGACACAAAUACUUCUUCUCAGGGUGAUGACUUUGUCUUUGAAGAUUUUGCCCGCCUGCGGUUAACAGGGUUGAAGGAUGACAAGGAUGAGGACACUCCAUUCUUUUAGCAGGGUUACAGGAUGCUUUGAUCCCAGAACCCAAGAAGAAGAAGAAGUAAAAAAUAGGGAAGAGACAGCCAGAACUCUGACGACAGUCUCUGUAUUCUUGCUUUAAUUGUACCAUUUAUGCUGUCUGGGUAACUAUACGUGUCUUUUGUUAAAGGAGCAGUUGAACAAAUUCGGAAAUCUGCUGCUGAAUCAUACUGUUUAUAUGUUCGUAUAUAAACAGAGACAAUGGUGCGUGCAUCAGGUGCGACUAAAUGUGGUUCUUUUUCUGAUGAAACUGUGGAAGCUCGAUCCAGUUUUGCUUCUUGUAGUAUCAGUGUUAUACAUGCUGCUGUGAUUGAGAAUAAGUAAUUGGAUCAGGGAAAUCUUUAAAUAAACAAAAGUGAUGUUUGUUUUUUUUUAUAUUGAUGGUAGGUAAGCUGCUGUCUUCAGGUAUUACUCAAGCUGUCGAGAGCAAUAACAGGAACUUCUGACUUUUACCACUUUGUAUUAAUUUGUACUUAACCUCAUUAUGAAGAACUCAAAUACAUUUUAUAUCAGAACUUAUCAGAAAUUGUUUUAUUUUUGUAUUUUUUGUUUUUUUAUUGUACUUUUAUGUAGCAGCAAAUGCCAUCCCGCAGACACAAAAUCCCUCUAGUUUUCAAGUGUACUGUCAGUGGACAGUGGCCCUACACCUUUGAUUUUUUUUGUUUUUUUCACAAUUUCAAACCAACAGUAUGGCAUGAAAUUUCUAGACUAGAACCUGACUUGAUUUUUAAGAAUUGUGCCAAUAUGUAAGAGGUAAAAUGUACCUGAUAAGGGUGACGUGUUGUUGUUUUAUUGCAAGAAUCCCUUAAGUUUAGUGGUAGUAAAGAAUUACGUUCAAAAUAUGCAGUGAACAUUACAUUUGACAAAUUAAAAAUAAACUUGUCAGUGGUCUGUGGUGGAUAAAUGGUGUAGAGGAGAUGCUGUUUCUAAAUUAUCUCCAUCAUGUAGUUGACAUUUAAUUUCUUAUCACUAACAGUCAUAAUAUUAGCCCGUCAGUUUAUCAUUUGAGCUACAAUCUUCUAAUCCUUCUGUAGUUUGGAAUUGUGAAACGAUGAAAAACUAGUUUGUAUCAAAAAAUGUCAGCAUGGAGCACCACAGCUCCAUGAGCAUGCAUCAUCAACACCAACGUUAAAAUCACCAGACUUCAUAACUCUAUAAUUUUCUUCACCACAUGCUAUUUUCACAAUGAAAGAGAUAUACAGCUGGUACAUUCUUCUGUGUCUCAGCUUAUCACUCUGUAUUUACUGUGUCCUUGUUUGUCAGUGUCUCUCGACAGACCUAUGUUUUUGUAUCCAUGUAGAAUUUAUAUUAUGUAUAUUUUUUUCUAUUUUACUCUAAGAAAAGUCUUUCUAUGUUUAAGUGUAGGUGUUGGCUACAACACCUAGUGACUGUAAUCAAAAUUUAUGGUAAAAUGUACAAAUAAUCAACAAAGUUAUAACUCAAAAAUGCCUUAAUUUUGCUGUAUACCACACUUUCUUUUGUUUCAAAUAAACUUUUCUAUUUGUCAAAUGGA